AUGCAAUUACCCAAGUUUCUCAGACAAAAGCAAGACUAUGCGGGGAUUGAGCAAGCAGACAGUCUGCUGCCAACCAACGAAAAGACACCAGAGGAAGAUGGCGCGCCCACGACAAGCCGCCGCAGACUACCCCACAACCUUUUCUUCUACACCUCCUUCGCCCUACUCAACAUCGUCGCUGGUCUCUUGAUCGGCUACCUAUGCUCCGACUCCAUCUACCUCCCCGACCCAUCCCGCUACGGCCUCCAAGACCCAGGCAUCCACGCGCCCUUCUUCAUCUUCUCCGAGCCGCCCCCCUCUGCCGCCUCCGACGCCGCCAACAUCAACAACUUCUACGUCCUCAACAACCUGCACCAGCUGCACUGCGUCAACAUGAUCCGCAUGCGCUACAACGCCCUUGUCUACCACCCGGACACGACCGACCCCUUGGCCAAAACCCCCAUCGACGAGGACUGGAUAACCCACUUGGAGCACUGCUUUGAGUACUUGAGGCUGAGUGUCACGUGUGCGGAUUAUUUGACGUUUGAGAGCGACUCGCCGCCCGGCAGCCCUGAGGAGUAUUGGAAGGAUGGGUUGAGUUGGGGUGUUGUGCAUUCGUGUGUGGAUUGGGAUGCGUUGAUGGGGUGGCAGAGGAGGCAGGUGGCGGCGUAUAAUGCGACGUGGAGCUGA